UUCGAUUGCUUGUCGCGGAUCGCAGGAAGAACGCUGCCGACGCCGGUUGCUUGCAAGGUUUGUGGCGACCGAUCUUACGGGAAACAUUACGGGGUUUACUGUUGCGACGGUUGUUCGUGUUUCUUCAAGCGGUCGGUGCGUCGCGGCGCUCUGUUCACCUGCAUAGCCGGAACCGGAGCGUGCUUCGUCGACAAAGCGAGACGCAAUUGGUGUCCGUAUUGCCGCCUGAACAAGUGCUUUACCGUUGGCAUGAACACGGCAGCCGUUCAGGAAGAGAGAGGACCGCGCGUACGAAACAAGAUCGCAUCCGUCGCGCGUCAUUUCUCUCGUGCGUCGUCGUCGCCACCGCCGCCACCGCCGUCGCCACCGCCGCCACCGCCGCCGCCACCGCCGCCACCGCCGCCACCGCCACCGCCACCGCCACCGCCGUUGGUAUCUCUUUCAUCUUCUUUGGACCCAGGAAUCGUAGCACCGAUUCUAAUCGCAAAGGAGGCGGCCGUCGCUGCAAAUCCAACGAUGCGAUAUCACGCGACCGACGUUAACGUCGAUGAUAACGGACUCUCUUUCUCGUCGAUGAGACGGAUCCUCUAUUCUCCACGAGUGCCUACGAUUCUUGUCGCUGGAGACACGAUACGAUACGAAGUCGCGGCACGGAUAUUCUUCGCGACCGUGCGAGCCGCUCGCCAGCAUCCAGACUUUUCGAUGCUCGCUUUCGACGAGCAGAAUAAGAUUCUUCGAAGAGGAUGGGCUGCGGCGUUCGUUCUGCGAGCUGCGAUCUGGCCGGUCGACUUGACUAAUUUUCCGAAAACGACCCUCUCCGCUGACAGACACGGCGACAACGCCCAACACCAUCGCCAUCACGCUGUAUCCUCGGCAAGAGCCACCAUCUCUAAUUUGCGUCCCGAUCGAGUCGAGCUCUCGAUUCUGGAAACCUUGAUCCUCUGUCGACCCGAGAUCGCCGAGACGGCGAACGGCAUACGUUUGACGUCGCGAGCAACGGACACCGCAGUGGACGCUCUGGUUCGACAUCUUGCUGGUAGAACCGAAUCGUCGGCCAGGAUGGCCAAACUUAUGCUCGUUCUACCCAUCUUGACGGGAUCCUGCCCCCGGGAACUAGCCGACGAUCUUUUCGCACCUAUUAUCGGUGACGUCGACCUCGAAAGAGUGAUCGCGUCUGUGCGCUGACUCGAUCGUUCGUUCCACCCUGUGUUCGUGUAUCUUCCUCCCUGUCAUAAAAAUCUAGUCACCGCGCCGCAACGUAAUCUCCUUAUUUCCCUCCGUUCUUUCCUUCCCUUUCCUUUCCCCUUCUUUUUCCCUUUUUCCCCCGUCCUUCGCAAGCCACUGCGUAAAAAGCGUUUACCACGCGAAACGUUUUCACUUACUUGCUGCGAAAAUUCGUCACGGAGAUGCAACAAGGAGCCAACACUGGAUGAAAGAAUUGCGAUCGGCAUUUAUUUUCUUUGGCACUUUAUUCACGCAAAUGUAACGAUCUCACGUUCGGUGAUACGUACAAUCGCUUACAGUAAUAUGGCGCAUCAAAGAGGAUGGAAGAAAGGCAGAGUUCGCGAAACGGUACGCGUCAACGUUCGGCGAAAAUCUGCGACGAUUCGUUGAGCGUUUCGUUGGUUCGCUUCGAGCAAUAUUACGAAACGAGUAACGAUAAAUUAUCAUCGAUACGCGUUUGUAAGUAAAAAGGAAAGAUGUGGAGAAGAUGC